AAAGAAAUCAAGCUGCGGUCCGCGGCGUUCAAUUCUCUAAAUUGUUUAAAUUAAUCAACGUGUCGAAUUCGUUUAAUGAUAUUUACGCCUCCGCGCUGAAUGUAGCUUAUCCUUAGCAUAGCUUAUUAAAUUAUUCAAGCAACAUGUUUAUAGUAGGUCUAACUGGUGGACUGGCGACUGGAAAAAGUACAGUACUUUCAAUAUUUCGAUCGAAUGGCAUAGCAGUAAUUGACGCUGAUGAAGUAGCAAGGCAAGUGUUGCUGCCUGGUACAAAAGCAUGGAGGGAGCUCCGAGGAUUCUUUGGAGACGAAGUACUCUUCUCUGAUGGUAAUGUGAACAGAGCUAGACUAGGGGAGAUUGUAUUUGACGAUAUUGAAAAGAGAAGAAAGCUAAAUGCCAUCACACACCCUAGAAUACAAAGAGCAAUGAUGAAAAUGGCUAUUUCAUACUUCUUCUCGGGCCAUAGUUAUAUUGUUAUGGAAGUCCCGCUGUUAUUUGAGACUGGGAAGAUGUUGACCUUCAUGCACAAAAUUAUAACUGUUGUUUGUGAAGAUCACCAGCAACUGGAAAGGCUGUGCAAACGCAACGACUUCUCGGAAAAUGUUGCUAAGAAACGUAUAUCUUGUCAGAUGCCUCUUGAAGAGAAGGUGGCGAAGUCCCACUUCGUAAUAGAUAACUCUGGAAGCUUCGAGAACACUAGGCAACAAACGGAAUGCAUAAUUAGAUUGCUCAAGAGGUCUAAGUUUACUUGGUACUUCCGAGCAAUAUUUGGCAUUGCUUUCUUAUCUGUAGUCUUUGGAAUCGGUCACAUAGUCAGCAACUUCAUAAUGAAUAGAAGUGAAUGAUUUAUUUAUUAUUAAAUAGCUUGUACAAUGUAUUUAUUUGAAAGCAAGGAAUCAAAGAAUUCGAUACGGUUUGGAGUGACGAUAAUUUUUCAUGAAGAGCACUCAUGUAGGUAUUUAUUUAGCUUACCAGACUCUCUUGGAACCAAGAUAUCGAGGUCCGGAAUGUGAUGUGAUAAUAAGAAUCAACACAUUCAAAAUGUUCUUAUUCCAAAGACUGGCUAACAAAUGCUGAUAGCUUGUAAAUACAGUCAAAGUAAUACUUUUUUUUCUAUAUAAGAUGGAGUGCCAUCCGAAGUUCUUUGUUUCCUGUAUAUCCAUAGUCCUUGUGGUCAAAUAUGCGAUAUUGUAGUAAGAAAACUUGUAUUUAUUCGUAAUUAAGCUAAAAGGUAAAUUUUAUAUUUGUAUUUUAAAAAUGGACUGGGAUAAAACACGUUUUCGAUCAUAAUUCUGCUGAUACAUAAUUUAUUCCUGUUCUUAAUCAUGUCUUAAUAGAAAUAAGCGGGGAAAUGCUAGCCAAAGCGAUAUUCAAAUGUUUCAUAUAAAUGUAUGGUUUUACAAUUAAUAACUACAAUUUUUACAAAAAUGUUUUAUCGAGCAGUAUGUAAAUUAUGAUUAAGCAAUAGGUAUUUAAGUAAUUUAAACGUAGGAAAGGGGAAUAUUAAGUCGCGCAGCCAAUUUGCCUUGAGCAAGUGUGGUGAUGAUGCCCUAACCUUCUCCGUACGAGAAGAGCGCACUAAUAGGCUGUUGAUAAUGAUGGUGAAAAGAAAUGUACAUGCAUGAUACAAAAUACAAGGGUGUUAGUAUUAGUAGUAGAUAUUUAUUUUACUGAGGUUAUGGUUAGAAAUAUGAAUUAUUGUUCAAGUAAUGCAUUGUGCUCAGCUAUAUUAAAUCUCAUUUUAAUAUAAAAGCAAUGCAAGUAUACAUUUAUGCAGAAGGAGGCACUUUAGAACAGGCAGCUGACUUGAAUUCAGUUUUUACUACAAUCCUAUUUUAAUGUAUAUGUCCUGGGCAUAUUCAGUCUCCCUGCUGCUUUGAUCGCCUGCGUACUAUUGCUGAUAACGACACAACUUGUUAACACAAGUCUUAAGAGUGAAAAAAGAGUUCAAAUAUGUACAUAGAUGCCUCCUUCUCCUAAAUAUAAGUAAACUUAUUAAGCAUUAAGGUAUAAUGAUGUUAAGAUGGUGACAAUUCAUUUUUUUGUUUACCAGCGGCCCAAUUUGUUAUCACGAGUGAUAAUUUCGGAACAGAAAAAUGGAAUGAUGUGAAUAAGCUUAACCUUUAUGGCUGUAGACGACAAGCAAUAAUAUGGCUAGUCCACCAAUGUCUAUUUUUUUGUUGUCUAUAGUCGAUAGUGACCGUUUCUUUUAUUAUUUACGUACAAGCAUCACGCCUCGGCAAAGAUCAGUCGCUAUUUGUCGAUUAAGCUGAUAGUCUUUUUCUUUCAUAAGAAAAUCAUACCAUACACGUUGUGAUUGUGAUGAUAGAGAAAUUGGGCUUUGUAAGAUAUGUGAACAAUAAUUGACAAAAGUAUAAUGAACAUCAGUCUAGACUCUAGACCAGUGGUAAUAGACAUGUAAUAUUAAGUAAAACCAAAUGUGUAGUCAAAGUUAUACUUGUCUUUAGAGGUAUAUUCAUGUAAUUCUUUUAUAAACAAUGUUUUAAAAACCAACUUCGUUCCCCUCUUUUUUUGAAGUCGGUUAAUUAAUAUAAUAGAACCUUUUUCUAGGUGUAAGAAACACUUUUCUAAAUACCGCGUCAAUAUCGGUUUAGCCAAUCGCGUGAUAAUCUUGCACAAACAUACAAACUGACAAUGACAACCUACUUUUUUGUUUUGAAGUCGGUUUACAUAACCAAUUAGGGUUAGCAAAUGUAUUAACUGUAAAAAAAACACGCACACAUGUCAAAUAACUACCUGAAAAAUAUGAUAUGAAUUUUGUAUUUAAAAAAAGCUUUUAGUUUAGAAUAGUUUAGCAUGUACGACAGACUAGUCUGGGUUUACCCAAAAUGGUUUUUGUGUGUAGGUAAGGUUACAGUCACAAAUAACUGCUGAUGCAAGCUAAAUGGACGGCUUUUCACAUUUAUUUCGUAGCUACAACUACAUAAGUACAUAAUUUCAGAUUAUAAUAUGCGUUCCUAUCCGUAUUUUCGAUCGCUUGACUGACCAUUCAUGCUAAAUAGUCUCUUCUAAGCUGUACAUCAGUAGUUACGAUAUUAAUUAUUAUACAUGACAAUUAUGAUACGUGUAGUAGUACUGCACUCACUGAAAUGCUGAAAUUCAUCUUCCUUUAAUAUCUAUUUUUCACCAUUUUCCGUCGGGACAUUGUGCAAGCAAGACUUAUACGUAUUAUAAUAGUUAUGCCUUCUUUUCAUCGUAAUGUGAUUUAAAAUGAACGAUAAAGAAAAAAUAAACAUCUUAUUACAAUA